AAGGCAGUGCCCUCCAGAGCCAAAAAGAAGGACGAAGGCAGUGGGAGGAGUGGUGUGAGAGAUCAGAUUGGAAUGGGCUGGGCCCUGGGCUUUUACUGGCUCCAGGGGACCUGUCACUGUUGACUGUGGGCAGCAGAGCCUUCCCUACCAGCUGAGACCAUAUAAAGCCUCUGGAGACACACUCCAGGUGCUCACUGCAACCAUGAGGACUGUCCUCCUCCUGCUGCUGGCUGUCUACCUAACCCUGUCUCCAGGUGCCGCUCUGCAGUGCUAUUCAUGCACCGCACAGGUGAGCAACAGAGACUGUCUGAAUGUACAGAACUGCACCCUGGACCAGAACAGCUGUUUUACAUCGCGUGUCCGGACCAUUGGACUCCUGACAUUUAUCAGUAAGGGCUGCAGCUCAAAGUGUGAGGAUGACACGGAGAACUACUAUGUGGGCAAGAAGAAUAUCACAUGCUGCUCCUCUGACCUGUGCAAUGUCAACGGGGCCCACACCCUGAAGCCACCCACCACCCUGGGGCUGCUGACUGUGCUCUGCAGCCUGUUGCUGUGGGGCUCCAGGGAUCUGUAGGCUCUAGGAGAGCCCUACUAUAGCCCUACUGUGCAGGGAUGUGCCCC